CUGGGUCCACUCUGCUCCAGGCCGGAGAGGAUCCUGCAAGGAUCCGGGCGGAGGAAGGUGCAGGGACCCUGGGAGAAGGCAGUGACACCCUGACCCUUCCAUGCCUCCACCCUCCCCUAGCAGAGGGUGUACGUUGGGGCUCUUUGCAUCAUCUUGCGGCUUCGCCGUUUUCCACCGGCAGCUGGGGGGGUGGCAGAGGGAACGGUAGAGUCAGCCACCAUGGCGACACACCUCUCCCAGCCCCAUCGGCGCCCUCCACUCUUGCGCCAGGCCAUCAAGAUAAGGCGCCGCAGGGUCAGAGACCUACAGGAUCCACCGCCCCAAACCACCCAGGAGGUCCAGGUUCAGGCCCACCAUUUCUCCUCAGAAGAGCGGGACCUGCUGUACGAGGAAGCCCUUUAUACCGUCCUGCACCGCCUGGGACAGCCAGAGCCCAACCAUGUGAAGGACGCCUCAGAGCUGCUGCGCUAUCUGCAGGAGGCCUUCCAGGUACAGCCUGAGGAGCACCAACAGAUGCUACAGCGUGUUGGGGAGCUCGAGAAACCAAUAUUUUGCCUGAAGGCAACAGUGAAACAGGCCAAGGGCAUUCUGGGCAAGGAUGUCAGUGGGCUCAGUGACCCCUACUGCCUGCUGGGCAUCAUCGAGCAGGGAGCUGGCAUCCCGGAGGGCAGCCCUGUGUCUCGGCGUCGACAGAAGGCUGUAGUUAAGCACACCAUCCCCGAAGAGCAGAUCCACCGCACCCAAGUCAAAAACCAGACGCUGAAUCCUGUCUGGGAUGAGACCUUUGUCUUGGAGUUUGAGGAUAUAGCCAAUGCAAGCUUUCACCUGGACAUGUGGGACCUGGACACUGUGGAGUCCGUGAGACAAAAGCUCGGGGAGCUCACGGACCUGCACGGGCUCCGAAGGAUCUUUAAGGAAGCCCGGAAGGACAAGGGCCAGGACGACUUUCUGGGGAACGUGGUUCUGAGGCUGCAGGACCUGCACUGCCGGGAGGACCAGUGGUACCCGCUGGAGCCCUGCACAGAGACCUACCCAGACCGCGGCCAGUGUCACCUCCAGUUCCAGUUCCUUCACAAGCGGAGAGCCACGGUGGCCAGUCGCUCCAAGCCCAGCUACACUGUACACUUCCAUCUACUGCAGCAGCUGGUGUCCCAUGAAGUCACCCAGCACCAGGCUGGCAGUGCCUCCUGGGAUGCGUCCCUGAGUCCCCAGGGAGCCACCAUCCUCUUUCUCCAUGCCACUCAGAAGGACCUGUCGGACUUCCACCAGUCCAUGGCGCAGUGGUUGGCCUACAGCCGCCUCUACCAGAGCCUGGAGUUCCCCAGCAGCUGCCUCCUGCACCCCAUCACCAGCAUGGAGUACCAGUGGAUCCAGGGCCGGCUGAAGGCAGAGCAGCAGGAGGAACUGGCUGCCUCCUUCACCUCCCUGUUGACCUACGGCCUCUCCCUCAUCCGGAAGUUCCGCUCCAUCUUUCCCCUGUCUGUCUCUGACUCCCCAUCCAGACUUCAGUCCCUCCUCAGAGUCUUGGCUCAGAUGUGUAAGACAAAGGCCUUUGGGGAGCUGUGUCCAGACAGUGCUCCACUGCCCCAGCUGGUUUCUGAGGCACUGCGGACCGGCACAGUUGAAUGGUUUCACCUGAUGCAGCAACACCAUCAGCCCAUGGUGCAGGGCAUCUUGGAGGCUGGCAAGGCCUUGAUAAGCCUGGUACAGGAUGUCCUGGGUGAUCUGCACCAGUGCCGUCAAACAUGGAACAAGAUUUUCCACAAUGUCCUCAAGAUAGACCUGUUCUCCAUGGCCUUCCAGGAGCUGCAGUGGCUGGUGUCUAAGAGGGUACAGGACCACACAGCGACAGUGGGCAACCUUGUGUCUCCAGAUAUGGGAGAGAUUCUGUUUCAGCUCUACGUCAGCCUGAAGGAGAUCAGCCAACUGGGCCCAGGCCCCUCCCACAGCAAUGGAGUCCUGGCCCUGGACGGUUUCCACCGCUGGUUCCAGCCAGCCAUCCCCUCCUGGCUGCAGAAGACUUACAGUGUUGCCCUGGAGCGGGUGCAGCGUGCCGUGCGGAUGGACUCGCUGGUGCCCCUGGGCGAACUGACCAAGCACAGCACUUCUGCCGUGGACCUGUCCACCUGCUUUGCGCAGAUUAGCCACACUGCCCGGCAGCUGGACUGGCCAGACCCCGAGGAAGCCUUCAUGAUCACUGUCAAGUUUGUGGAGGACACCUGCCGGCUGGCCCUGGUUUACUGCAGCCUCAUAAAGGCCCGUGCCCGUGAGCUGUCUACAGGUCAGAAGGACCAGGGCCAGGCAGCUAACAUGCUGUGUGUCGUGGUGAACAACAUGGAACAGCUGCGACUGAUCAUUGACAAGCUGCCCGCUCAGCUGGCGUGGGAGGCGUUGGAGCAGCGGGUCGGGGCCGUGCUGGAGCAGGGGCAGCUGCAGAACACGCUACAUGCUCAGCUGCAGGGUGCUUUGGCCGGGCUGGGCUAUGAGAUCCGGACUGGCGUCCAGACCCUGGCUGAGCAGUUGGAGGUAGGCAUCGCCACACACAUCCAGAAACUCAUUGGUGUCAAGGAGUCCGUCCUGCCCGAGGAUGCCAUUCUGCCCCUGAUGAAAUUCUUGGAGGUGAAACUUUGCUACAUGAACACCAACCUGGUCCAGGAGAACUUCAGCAGCCUCCUGACUCUGCUGUGGACCCACACGCUCACGGUGCUGGUGGAGGUGGCCUCUUCGCAGCGUAGCUCGUCGCUGGCCUCUAGCAGGCUGAAGGCAGCCCUUCAGAAUCUGGAGAUCUGCUUCCAUGCCGAGGGCUGUGGUCUGUCUCCAGAGGCCUUGCACACAGCCACCUUCCAGGCUCUGCAGAGGGACCUGGAUCUGCAGGCGGCCUCCAGCCGGGAGCUCAUCCAGAAGUAUUUCUGUAGCCGAAUCCAGCAGCAGGCUGAAACCACUUCUGAGCAGCUGGGUGCUGUCACCAUCAAGGCCUCCUACCGUGCCUCUGAGCAGAAGCUUCGAGUGGAGCUGCUCAGUGCCUCCAGCCUGCUGCCCCUGGACUCCAAUGGUUCCAGCGACCCCUUUGUUCAGCUGACGCUGGAACCCAGACAUGAAUUCCCUGAGCUGGCCCCCAGGGAGACCCAGAAGCAUAAAAAGGAACUACACCCACUUUUUGACGAGACCUUUGAAUUCCUGGUGCCUGCUGAGCCCUGCCAAAAAGACUGGGCAUGCCUCCUGCUCACCGUGCUGGACCAUGACACGCUGGGAGCUGACGACCUGGAGGGGGAGGCCUUCCUGCCACUCUGCAGCGUGCCUGGACUGACAGGCUGUGAAGAGCCUGGUGAAGCACCUCAGACGCGCCUGCCUCUCACAUACCCUGCACCCAACGGAGAUCCGAUUUUGCAGCUGUUAGAUAUCCGGAAGGGUGAUCGAGAGGCCCAGGCCUUCGUAAAGCUGAGGAGGCAGCGAGCCAAGCAGGCCUCCCAGCAUGCCUCACACCCAGCUCGGUAGCCGUGGAAGCGAAGCCUCCAAGUUUGAGGUCUUCCUGACAGAGGGAAGUCCUUCAUCCUGGCAUAACACACAGGGAGAGCCUGUAGGUGGAGGGCCCAGAGUUCUUGCCAGAACAGCCCUUGGUGAUGGAGUAACGUGACCAGUAUUUAUCUUUGUUGUUGAGACAGGGUUUCUCUAUGUAGUUCUGGCUGUCCUGGAACUCACUAUGUAUACCAGCCUGGCCUCGAACUCAGAGAUCCGCCUGCCUCUGCCUCCUGAGUGCUGGGAUUAAAGGCGUGCGCCACCACCACCUGGCAGUAUUUAUCAUUUCUUGUCCUUCCCUCUUGCCCUGGUCUGUGUUCUCUGCCAUAGUCCAGCACAGAGGAGCGUCUCCUGUCCCUGCUCCCCCGCCCCCAAAGGUAUCAUCUAGAGCUACCUGCCUUCCAGAACUGUCAGACUUUAGACAGAGGAUCCUGUCAGAAUUGCCCUGGUGCAGGAGCCGGGUGGCCAUUACUAGGGGGAGGGGAGGUGGGAAGACUCUGGCUGAGGUGAGAGCUGGCACAGAUGGAUGGCAGCCGAAAGGACAGUCUGGCUGUCUAGAGUAGGCUUCCUCCCUCAGAUAACAUCUGCCACCUAGAAAUGUUCUCAGUGAAAAUAAAAAUAAACCACUAUCUACUGCCCUCA